UCAUUAUCACAACAAACGGAGCUUUGACUGACUCUUUUCUCUAUUCUUUUCGUUUGAAUCUCAUUUAUUGCGCCUUUGACUGCCCCAGCACAGCCUUCAAAUCCACGAAAUCCACCAAAAAAAAAAACUUCAGAAAAAGGAAGGAUUCAACCAAAAACAUAAUGAAUGAAUGAAUGAUCUGGGAAGGGUUCUUUCUUUAACCUGGGCGUGCGUUGCGUUGCGUUGUGUUGUGGAUAUAAUCUGGACGUCAGGGGUUCGAAUCCGCAGCGGAGUGAAGAGAGAUUUUUUCUUUAAUUGAUUGCAAUGGUGAAGCAACGGCAGGAUCUGUAUAUCACUGUUCCGUCGUUCUUCAAGUGCCCGAUUUCUCUGGAUAUUAUGAAGUCCCCUGUGAGCCUGAGCACCGGCGUCACAUACGAUCGGUGCAGUAUUCAGAAAUGGCUGGAUGAAGGUCAUAAUACUUGUCCUGCUACCAUGCAGGUCUUGGAGAGCAAAGAGAUUAUUCCGAAUUAUACGCUGCGGCGGCUCAUUCAGGUAUGGUCUGUCUCCAACCAGAUCUCCGUGAAUUCUUGUGCAGCGGUUUCGAAAAAUGUUAGCGAGCCUCAAAUCGGCCCCAGGCAGGCCAAGGACAUUUUACAGGACAUCAGAAACGGGGCCGUGGACUGCGAAAUUCUCAACGAUUUGCUCAAAUACGCCGCGGAAUCCGAUAAGAACCGGGAACGUCUCGUCAAGGCCGGGGCGGUCUCUAUUCUGGCGCAAAUUCUGUCGAGCCGUGGAAAAUCCGGGGAAAUUUGCGCAAAGAUGAUGGAAAUUCGGUCCCUGGCCGUUAAGAUCUUCUUGUUGAUUCCGCACAACGAGAGGACGGUUCGAAUCCUCGCCAGUCCCGAGACGCUGAGUGCUUUUGCAGAGAUUUUUGUGGAGGGAACCUCGGAGGCAAAGAUCGAGGCAGCGAAAUUGCUCGAGAGUCUGUUAACCGACGGAGACGUUAAAGGUCAAAUCGCGUCGCAUGACGGACUGUUGAUGUCGCUGCUGAGGAUCUCUGAAGCGGACGCAAAGGUCAUGGAAGCGGUUCUGCGCUGCCUUCACGGCCUUUGCACGCCGAAGCGCAACAGGCUUAAUUUUGUCCGGCUUGGAGCGGUCGGUCACAUGACGAAGCUCCUCCGCGGAGCCGACGGGAAAAUCGCUGAGCAAAUACUCGGUCUUCUGGAGUUUAUGUCGGGCUCUGCGGAGGGCAGGACUUCGAUCUGUGACCAGCCGCUUUGCUUGCAGACAAUUGUGCAGAAAAUGCUCAAGAUUUCUGUUGCCGCUACGGAACACUGUGUUAUAACUCUCUGGAGCGUUUGCUGCCUUUCUGCCGAUCGGAGAGCCCGCAAUGCCGUCAUGCAAUCCGGCGGACUGACGAAACUUUUGCUCUUAAUGCAGAGCGAUUGCUCGCCGGCUGUGAGGCAAAUGGCCGGCGAUCUGCUCAAAAUUUUCAGAGAGAAAUCUAAGGAGGUUUGCCGUAAUUACAGCUACGACAGCAAAAUGACGCAUAUAACGCCUUUUUGAGGCAUUCAGGUGGGAGGAAUUAUAUCCAGCGAAUGUGUAAAUGAAUGAUGCUCCUCAUCAAAGUUUUGACUGUAAAUGGCUUAUUUCUAGUUGUUUUAUACCAUUUUUUAAAAAAUCGGAUGUGAGCACCGAAUGUUCAGAAAUAUAUUUCUCAAUUUGUGAAAAGAAUCGCCAACAGGAAUUUAAGCACUCUCAAAUGCCUGGUUUUGGGCGCUGGAAAAUAUAUACACCAUUAUUACCAAUUGAUGAAACCCUACCGGAAAUCUUUGUUGUGAAUUUCAGCACAAUAAUGUUCAGUAUUUUGCUUUGCAGUAAUAAUUCAAUUAAAAUAACUACGUGAUUAAAAAUAAAAAUCUGUGGAUUCUGGUUU